CUGUCAAGUGAAAAAGUAAAUGAGCAUGAAAUCUAUCUUCUUGAAAAUGGUGAGGAUUGUUUGAUAUAUAUCGGAAGCACUGCGGAUCCUGAUACAAUGAGGAAACUGUUUGGCAUUUCUUCUGUUGAUGAAAUUCCCAGUCAGUUUGUAAUGCAGCAAUAUGAUAAUCCUUUAUCCAAGAAGCUAAAUGAAGUCAUAAACGAGAUUCGGAGCCAAAGAUGCAACUACCUGCGCUUAAAAUUAUGUAGGAAAGGAGACCCAUCAGGAGCUCUGUUUUUCUCAUAUAUUGUGGAAGACAAGUCUCCAGGUGGCCUCUCCUAUGUAGAGUUCUUAGUACAUGUUCUUCGACAAAUUCAAAGCAAAAUGACAUGAUCCACAGGUUGUGAUGAUGGUCAAGUCAUUCUUUUUGUCGAA